AUGAAAUUAAAUGAAUCCAACAAUGGUGGUGAUAGCUCCCCUCCAGAAAUUAAUACCUCAACUCAAAUUGAAUAUGUAGCAUCGCCUCAACAAUGGUGUGUGUUCAUAGUCUUGGAUGCGAUAGAGGAAGAAAAGACCAAGAUUCCCCGAUCCCACAAGGUGUACAAGCUUAAGGUGACUAAGAUGGAGAUUCCCGUUAGAGGAAAGGUUGGUGGCAGCUUUAAUGGUGGACCAAUUGGCAUCAAAUUUCCGGUGAGGGCAAGAAUGGAGGUUAGGUACAGCAGUGGAAGAAGUGGAGGCGGUGAAGAGGAGAGACAAAUACUAAUAUCCAACGGAAACACUUUCCGUCGAUGUGGGCGUUUGAGAUUGUUUCUCAAAAUAGCUUUUUAG